GGAAGACGGUUUUGUUUUUCCUAAGGAAAAAAGUAGAGGAACAAUGUUUAUAAAUGAGAGUUUUCAGCUAUGUUUGAUAUCGCUAUGUAACGCAAACUUGCAACGUUCCAGAGAAUAUGUCUUUCUUCGGGAUAAUUAAAACACAUUUCGGCAUCUUGAAGGUUGUUUGACGCUGCUCCGUUUGGGAAUUCGCAGAAGAAGAAGGGAAUUGCGAAGGGACGGACUGAGGAGAACUGAUGGCUCCAAGUUGUUCCGGAUUGGUUUGAAGGGAUCUCUGCAAUGAUUACCAAUGUUAUUCGGAUGCCUACAAAAGCAGAUCAAUUCGAAAACCCAUAUUAGUCUGUCUGUUUAAUUAAUGCCAUAAUUUGAGUGAUAAUUUGCGAUCUAGACACUCAAAAUGGCGGAGGGAUGGCCCAUCCUCCAGGUCCUGAUCCUGUUCAUAGUGAGUGUUGUGGGCCAGGACACUUGCCCUUCUCUUUGUAUUUGUUCCAGUGGUCCAGGUGCAGUUCAAAGGCUGGAUUGUAAUAAGAAAAGACUGUCUACUGUAUCCCUGGAAGCGCCAGCAUGGAUCACCCAUGUGUCCAUGAAUCAAAAUGAACUUGCAGUGCUGCCUUUCCUUGGAGAUGCCUCAUCCAACAUCACAGUGUUGUCACUUGUUCAUAACCGAAUCUCUGAAAUCGCUUCGGAACAGCUGUUGCCGUAUUCAUCGCUGGAAAGUCUGGAUUUGAGCUCGAACUCUAUAUCUGAGCUCAAAGCUGGAUCAUUCCCACCCAUGCAGCUGAAAUACCUCAACCUUAGCAAAAACAAGAUAAGUUCUUUGGAGCCUGGCUGUUUUGGAAACAUAAGCUCCCUACUGGUGUUGAAGAUCAACCAAAACCGACUGUCUCUGCUGCCAGAUAAAGUGUUCACACUCUCUCAGCUCCAAGUCUUAGAGUUGAGGCGAAACCGGAUCCGUGUGGUGGAAAGUCUCAUAUUUAAAGAACUGAAGGCUCUUAAAUCAUUGAAGAUGCAGCGGAAUGGCAUCACAAAGCUGAUGGAUGGAGCUCUCUUUGGUCUGGACAACAUGGAGGAGCUAGAGUUGGAGUACAAUAAUCUUACAGAACUGAAUAAAGGCUGGCUGUAUGGACUACACAUGCUUCGCAUUCUGCGAGUCAAUCAGAACAAUAUCGGACUCAUCCGAGCCGACGCCUGGGAAUUUUGCCAUCGCUUGGAUGAACUGGAUUUGUCCUUCAAUCACUUGAGCCGGCUGGAAGAUUGGGUGUUCACUGGUCUUAGCCUCAUGCAGAGUCUGAACUUGGGUGACAAUCAAAUCACACACCUGGGAGAAGGAGUGUUCAGCAGCCUGGCUAACAUCCGCACACUAGAUAUUCGUAAUAAUGAGAUAUCCCUCGCCAUCGAGGACUCAGUUGGCAUGUUUGUGGGUUUGAAGCGGCUCAACUCUCUGUUUUUACAGAAUAAUAAGAUCAGGACCAUCACUAAGAGAGCGUUUGAGGGUCUGGUGGAGCUGGAGCAUUUGGACUUGAGUACCAAUGGUAUCAUGUCUAUUCAUCCGGAUGCAUUCUCCCAUUUGAAACUUAAAAUACUUGAUCUGAACACCACCAGUCUCCUGUGUGACUGUCAACUGCAGUGGUUUGGCCAGUGGCUGAUUGACAGCCGCUUCCAGCAAUCCUGUACUGCUGUAUGUGCGCAUCCCACCUCCCUAGCAGGAUCUAGUGUGUUCACGGUUAAACCAGAGGAGUUUGUCUGCAAUGACUUCCCUAAACCUCAGAUCAGUGCUCACCCCAAGACCGCAGUGUCCUUACGUGGCACCAACGUCACUCUAAAUUGUUCUGCGUUCAGCAGCAGUGACUCGCCCAUGAACACCGCCUGGAGGAAAGAUGGAGAGGUGCUGUAUGAAGCUCCGGUGCAGAACUAUGCUAGGUACCAGGACGACCACCUUCUCUACACCACCGUACUUCACCUGCUCAACGUCAACUUUACAGAUGAAGGACAGUACCAAUGUGUGGUCUCCAACCAUUUUGGCUCCAACUACUCCACUCUGGCCAAGCUCACAGUCAAUGAGCUCCCCGCCUUCUUGAAGACGCCCAUGGACCUGACAAUCCGCACGGGCACAGUUGCAAGAUUGGAAUGUGCUGCAGAGGGACACCCGACACCCCAGAUCGCCUGGCAGAAAGAUGGCGGUAUCAAUUUUCCCGCCGCUCGCGAAAGAAGGAUGCAUGUCAUGCCUGAUGAUGACACUUUUUUCAUCGCCAAUGUGAAGGCCGAAGAUAUGGGGGUAUACAGCUGUACGGCCAAAAACGAGGCGGGCAGCCUCUCGAUCAAUGCCACUCUUACUGUGUUGGAAACUCCAUCGUUCCAGCGCCCUCUAGUGGACCGUACUGUCGCCCGAGGUGAAACUGCUGUCCUCCAGUGCAUAGCUCAAGGUAGCCCCAUCCCCCGCCUUAACUGGACCAAAGACAACGCACCAUUGGUUCUGACGGAACGUCACUUCUUUGCCGCAGCCAAUCAGCUCCUCAUAAUCGUAGAUGCCGGCCUGGCUGAUGCAGGGAAAUACACAUGCAUCAUGUCCAACACACUCGGUACAGAGCGAGGCCAUAUCUACCUCGGUGUCUCGCCCUCAGCCAACUGUGACCCGGUGGUCAGUGUGUAUGGUCAGGAUGCAUGGACAAUGGUUGGAAUUGUUGUGAUGGUGGUUGUCUGCUGUGUGGUUGGCACCUCACUUGUAUGGGUCAUAGUCAUCUAUCACAUGAGACGAAAGAGUGAAGACUACAGUAUAACAAAUACAGAUGAGAUGAACCUUCCAGCUGAUAUUCCCAGUUACUUGUCAUCUCAGGGUACUCUGUCAGAGCCGCAAGAGGGCUACAGUAACUCAGAGAAUGGAAGCCACCAGCAGCUCAUGCCCUCUCAUGGUAACGGUUACGCCCACAAAGGCACUGACGGAGUAUGUUAUAGUGAAGUGAGCAGUGAGGUGGACCCAGAGUCUAAUGGAAUGCUGGGGAGUCAUGCAGGCUCUUUCUUUGCUGGAAUUAGCAGCUUCCACCACAGUGAACCCAGAGAGGGACAGGCAAAUGUACCCAAUGGGGGAACGGGUCCUCUGAUCAUCUGCUCAGAUUGCUAUGACAAUGCCAACAUCUACUCUCGUACACGUGAGUACUGUCCAUAUGCCUACCAGGCUGAGGAUGACCCAUUGGUGGCGCAGCUCUACGGGCACAAGAAUGACCAUCAAGAGCGGGACCAGCAUAUAGACACAGCACUGGAAAGUUUGAUUAGUCAGCAGAACACAUCAGUUUUCCUCACAAACCAUGUACCACAACAGCAGGCUUCAAAACGCUAUAACACUGAUGUCCCUUGCAGAUCAUUUUGGGAUGGAAAAGAAACUCACUCCUCCAUCCUUGCCCGGGGCUCAGUGACUGUACACAAGCUCCAGACGGAUUUGCCUACUGGGGAUGGUCGAGAGGGGAGGAGUGGGGCACUGGAGGAAGGCUCAUACAGGACUAACUCACAGGAAACCACCUCUGCACCUACAUAAACCCAGCCAAUUCUGCCUUCCCCAAAGCCCUUGACGACAACAUCACCACUAUCCUUGUCAUUCAACCCCCAGUGCCCUCAGCCCACUACCUCUUCUGAGAAGCCUCAUUAUCUGCCAAAUUAAAUGCCUCUCUUUAUAAUGUUUACACACCUGCUUCUCCACUCCAUGUUACGUUGUAGCCCACUGUGAUGUGCGUGUUUUGUGGAAAACUCUCAAAAGCGGGAGACAAAAUUCCUUCUUGCCUGUUCCUCAACAACCAACUGGUCUGAAAGUAACAUUCCCAAGAGUUCCACUAGCCCUACUGAAACUUUUGACAGACGAAUUAGCCAUGUUUCUCUUUUUCCCUACAUACUUCAGAAAGUUGAGCCUUUUCACAAAUGCCAAAGCUUGACCAAGAUUCCCCCAAUAUCUUCCUUUGCUCUGGGAAAGGAACUGUAUGAAUUUUGACUGUGAAAAUAUUUACCCUUUCAGGGCAUGAACUGGGCAACCAGCCUGCCUUAACAGGGCAGUUAUGUUCUCUGAGUGACAUCAGAGGGCCAAUUAUCUGUUUUGCAUUUCUCAUUCCUUUUGGCAAAUGGUACUGCCAUUAAUAUAAUAACAGAGUUUAACGGCUCUGUUCUUUUCAUUGUUAUUGUACGCCAAAGUUGUUAUGCGGUUAUUGUAUUUUGUGUAGUGCUUUUCACAAACAUUCCUUUGUCCAUUUUUUUAAGGCACUAGAUUAGUCAGAAAGACAGGAUAUAUUGCACCUUUGACAAUCUGCCCAGGACAGCCUUCAACGAGUCAUAUGUUUUUUUUUUUUUUUUUUUUUAAAUUUUCUCCCGUAUUAAGCCUUUGUCUAGCUAUACUCUGUCUUUUAAAAAAAAAAAUGUAAAGGGUUAUUUAAAUUUGUUUUGUCCCCACUAUGUGUAUUAUUAUAGAAAACAAGCUAUACAGCCUAUUUAUGUAUAUACAGUGCUGUGAAAAAUUAUCCUGAUUUUCUUUUUGGAUACUGCAUCUCAUACUAAAUUGUUUAAAAAUUUCAAACAAAAUCAAAUAUAAAUCAAAAGCAAUCUGAGUAAACACAAAAUACAGAUAAUAAAUUAUAAUGUUAUUUUUUAAUCAAAAAGUUAUACAAUACCAACUGGGCCUGUAUGAAAAAUUAUUUGCCCCUUAGUUACUAAAUCCCCAAAUCUAUGGAACUGCAUUCAUAAUGGGGGUUCAGCUGGACUAGACACACCCAGGCCUGAUUACUGCCAGCCCUGUUCCAUCAAAUCAACACCUAACUAGAACUUUUUCAGCAGCAUGAAGUUGUGAAAAAUGUGAAAUGCAUCAGUCUGGUAAGGGUUACAAAGCGAUUUCAAAGGCUCUGGAACUCCAAAGAACCACAUUGAGAGCGCUUCUCUCCAAAUGGAGAACACCUGGCAAGCCAGCCUUCCAAAAUUCCUCUAAGAGCACAGCGACGAUGACUCCAGGUAGUCACAAAAAAGCCAAGGACAACAACCAAGGAACUGCAGGCCUCUUGCAUCAAUAAUGGUCACUUUUCAUGACUCCACUAUCAGAAAUACACUGGCCAAAUAUGCCAUUCAUGGAAGAGUGGAGAGGCAAAAACCACUGCUAAGCCAGAAGAACAUUAAGGCUUGUCUGAAAAAAGAACAUAUCUACGGUCAAUUAUGGUGGUUGUAAUGUGAUGGUGUAAGGAUGCUUUGCUGCUUUAGGGCCAGGGUGACUUGCAUUAAUUGAGGGAAACAUGAAUUCUGCUCUCUACCAGAAAAUCCUAAAGGAGAAUAUCCGGUCAUCACUUUGUGAGCUGAAGCUCAAGCACAUCUGCAUUAUGCAACAAGACAGUGGUCCAAAGCAUAGGAAUGGCUCACAAUAAGCUAAAUUAAUGUUUUGGAGUAGCCUAGUCAAAGUCCUGACUUGAACCCAAUUGAGAUACUGUGGCAGGACCUUAAAUGUGCAGUUCAUGCUUGAAAAUGCUCCAAUGUGGCUGAACUAAAGCAGUUCUGAAAAAACGAGUUGGCCAAAAUUCCACCACAAUGUUAUGAAAGACGGAUCUCCAGUUAUCGGAAGCAUUUGGUUGCUGUUGUUGCUGCUAAAUGUGGCACAACCAGCUAUUAAGAUUAAGGGGGCAGUUAGUUUUUCACAUGUGAUAUAGGUAUUUGAUAGCUUUUGCUUAAUUAAAAAUAUAUAUAUUUAAAAACUGUCAUUUGUGUUUACUCCGGUUGCCUGUGUUUUAUGUCAUAUUUUGUUUGAAGAUCUAAAACAAUUUGGUAUGAAAAAUGCACAAAAAUAAAAUAAAUCAGGAAGGAGGCAAAUACUUUUUCACAACCCUGUAUACAGUUGAGUGCAUACGUUUGCAUCCCUCUAGCAGAACCACCAAUAUGUUUAUCAUUUUAUAAUUUUAAAACGGAUUAGUAUACUAAUCUUGAACUCCUCUAGAGUUCUUUGACUUUUUCGAAAAAUAUUAUUUGUGAAACACACAACUGCUUGCAACCUUCAUGAUUUUAGGCCUAAGACAAAAUUAGACAUAUUUAGGCAUAGCCAUGCCUGCUAUUAAUAUUUAAAAUUGCAUUUGACCUUAAAAAAAGGAAAACUAUUUUGACCUCCUUGCCUGUGAACAUUGAAUUAAAGCUAGUUUAUCAUUUACUCACCCUUUUGCCAUCUCAAACUCAAAUGUGACAAUUUCUUCUGUGGAAACCAAACAAAGAUAUUUUAAAGGAUAUAUGAUGUUUUUGUCCAUACAAUGCAACCCAAAUGGGGUCCGUAACUUUCAAGCUCCAUAAAGGUAGCAUAAAAGUUACGAUUUAAAUGGUUUAAUCCUACUCUUCUGAAGCUGUAUGAUUGGUUUUGGUUGAGAAACAGACCAAUAUUGUAGUCCUUAUUCACUAUAAAUGUUGUCCGUGUCCUUGGCACAUCAAUAGCAAAGAAAUAUGAAUGAGCUUCUGUCAUGAAUCUGCCAAGGAGCCUGCUGAUGUCAUAGUGAAUGUUAUGGACCCCUUUGACCUGCAUUUUAUGUACAAAAACACAUGCGUCAUUCAAAGUGUCUUUGUCUGCCACAGAUAAAAAAAAGGCAAGAGUUUAAGAUUUCAAAGGGUAGGUGCUGAGAGACUUUAUCACUUUUGGGUGAACUGUCCCUUUAAGAGAAGUGGUCUGUGUUACAAAAUGUUAGUCAGUGAAAUAACAGAGACUCUUUUCUUAAAAGGCAUGUUUUAAGAGUACUGUUUUCAUGUUGAAUUUUAAUGUAUUAUAAAGUAACUUUGAAUGAUCUAGGACAAAUUUAAGUGAGUUACAACUAAGGGAAUAAUUAACUAACAAAAUGCUUAUCUUUCUGUAGGAAUAACAAAUUGAAAUUGAUUUCAACCACUCCGUGAGACGCUAUUUUUAUAGUUUAGUCAGUAUUUUUCAUGUUUCAGCUUUCUAUUCUUUGAGGUUAUUGCAUUAAGACAAGCUACUUUUCACAUUCAGCAUAACCAGUUCUAAUACGGACGAAUCACAGCCAUGCUGAUAUUCAGCACAACAGCACUCUUGCAUUUGCGUUAUUGCUUAAAGGGAUAGUUUACCCAAAAAUGAAAAUUCUUUCAUUUUCUCACCCUCAUGCCACGCAGAGGUGUAUGACUGACUGACUUCUGCAGAACACAAAUUAUUCAAAUUUUUCUUUUUAAGAAUAUCUCAUCUCCGUAGGUCCUCACAAUGCAAGUGAAUGGUGACCAGAACUCAUAAGGUCCAAAGCAUAAAAGUAAUUCAGUAGUUAAAACCAUAUCUUUUGAAGCCAUACGAUGGGUGAGAAACAUUAAUAUUCAAGUCCUUUUUUACUAUCAGUCUCCACCAUUGACAACAAAGUUUUGGGUGAACCACCCCUUUAAGUGGCCCAAAUCAUGUUUCAUCCAGUGGCUUCCAGCAAUCCUCAUUUAAACAUUUGAGCUAUACAACUUUCUUUGAACCUACAAAAAGCUGAUGGAUAUUCACAGCAGCAGAUAUCUGUGUACACUGUCCUCCUGUUAUUUUUUUUAUUCCAUUUCUAGACGCUUUCAACCACUCUCCAACUGUGAUAAAGACCCAUAGAUUUGCAUAUUCAUUUGUUGCAUUUUGCAGUUUCUUGCCUCAGUUUGCUGUAUAUUUAUUCUAAUCAGAGACCUUUAUGCCAAAUGAUGUGACUGACUCCAUGCUGCGUCUGUUUCUGUUGAUAGCAGAGGAUUAUGGCAACGUUUAAGAUAUCUAAACUUUUAGGAUUACUGUUAAUGCUUGCUUUGCCUAUUACAGUAGUCUCGCAUUGACUCUCAGUUCAUCUCUCAGGAGAUUAAGGCAAAAGUGAAUGGCAGUUUUAUUCUACUCUGAAUAAUACAGGACUUUGUUAGGAAAUGCACUGUUUAACACACUUGCCAAGUGUGAUUUCUGUGACUUUACAUUCAUUUGUAAUUCUAUUCAGUUUACGCCAAAGAACAACAAACAUGCAUCAAACAAUCCGUUUUCAGACUUUUAUCUCUGCAGAACAAAAAUGUGCUUUUCCCAAUCAGUGGGCAUGUUCAAACCAUUGAGAUUCCCUACUUUCACUGGAUAGUUUAGAAACGCCCAUCCUGGUUUGGAAACGCCCACUGUUUACUACACUGAGAUUCCCUACUUUGAUUGGAUAGUUUAGAAACGCCCAUCCCGGUUUGAAAAUGCCCACAGAUUUAAAUAUGCCCACCACUGUUCCGCAGAGACCUACACUUGAACAGAAACCAAAUUUCAGUGCUAAUGCUACAACAAUAUUUAAAUGCUGCUUUUUAAAAAUGUUUUGUUGCAUUUUUGUUUUGUUAAGUGUAAUGUUUAUAUGCUACAACAGUACAUUCUGUAAAGCAUGUACAUAUAAAGAACGUUGUGUUUCAGAAAAUGCCAACAUUUAUCUGACAUUUAAACAAUAAAAUGAAAAUUCUGUUGCACCAGAAGU